AUGGCCCUGGAGGCAAGGGCCUCUGUUGUAGCUGUUGCGUCUCCAGCUCUCACGGUAGAAACUUUUUCAGGGCGGCCGAGACCCGCUCCUCUGAAGACCGAAGAUGAGAAAUCCCUUCCUACGGUUGCAGAGGACGGGGAAGGUAAGGAGGCAGAGCUUGGCGACCCGACCCCAACUUCCAAGGGCAGCACGCAAGGCAAGGGGAGACCCACCAAGUCGCCUGCUGCUGGCUCUGCGUCGGCCUCAGUGGACUCUCCGAUGAAUGGCUCGGGGGCGCUGGAUGCCAGCUCCAGCCAGGUCAGUGCCUCCUGCAAUGAGAUGAGCAUUGGGAUGGACUACAGUGUAGAGCUUUCCACGGAGUUGGACGAGAAGUGCGAUUUCGUGGAGCCUGUGAAGCCUGUCGCCAAGCGCGGCCUGGGGGGCUUCAAUGCCCCAAGCACCACUGUAGGCACCAUCGAGGAGGACGCAGAGGAGGCGGAAGAGCUCCGCACCUCAGAGAAGCAAGAAAAGCCCAAAGAACAGGUCCCGGACGGGUCCGGGAAAUCGGCCUCAGAUGUCAUAGCCCAGCUGAAGCCAGCACCAGAUGCGUUGGAUGCCCUGAUGCCCAAAGAAGAAGUAAAGGCAAAGGGGGGUGGCGAUGCAUUGGAUUCCUUGAUGAGCUCCGCAAAACCUGGGUCCAUGGCCAAUCCAUCGCCAAAGGCGAAGGAGGCGGCUAAAUCGGAAGAGAAGGAUGAGGAUGACUAUGGAGAUGCUUCCUUCGAUGGUAGCAUGUCUGUGCCUGAAUCCAUCCAUGAAGGGGCAGGCAGUGGCAGCGAUGCCUGGGCCAGCGAGGAGGAUGUGUGA